AUAGAGCAUGGUAGAAAGCUCGGCUAUCGCUAUUCACCCGCGCCGGCCCCGAGAGGCUAGAGCCCACCUACCGCCUCUUUCUUGCUGCCGCCAGUUGCUUCCUCCAGAACCUUGACUGACCCCAAGAGCUUUUUGCUUGGGCGGCGCCGCGCCGCGCCGCAACACGCCGCACCGGCAAGAUUUUAGUUGGAGCACAGGCAAGGUUGCUGGAUGUAUGAUGCGCGCGUGCGCUCUGACCUCUAGAUCGCCCCCACACUACUGCUGCAGCAGGUGAGGGGAUCCUUCAAGCAGACAGUCCACAAAAGGAGUUGGCUCAAGCAGAUACCUUGGGACGAAGACGAACUAGCGAGAUCAAGAAGCUGGCGGCAAGCAAGUGGUGGGAGCGCGGCGGUGAGGGCGUCAUGGCCGGAAUGGAUCCCGGCGGCGGCGGUGGGGCCGCGUCGCACUACCUGGAACUCCUCCGUGCGCAGCAACAGCAGCUGCUACAGCAGCACCAGCAGGCGCCGCUAUCCCCGUCCUCCCACGUCAAGAUGGAGCGCUCCGCGCCGUCGCCGGAGAACGUCGAUCCGGGCGGGGAUCAGCCCGCCUCGGAGGGCAGCGGGGGGUCCGGUGGGCCGACGAGGAAGCCGCGCGGGCGGCCGCUGGGGUCAAAGAACAAGCCCAAGCCGCCUAUCAUCAUAACGCGGGACAGCCCCAACGCGCUCCACUCCCACCUGCUCGAGGUCGCCGCCGGAGCCGACAUCGUCGAGUGUGUCUCCGAGUACGCGCGCCGCCGCUGCCGCGGCGUAUGCGUGCUGAGCGGAGGCGGCGCCGUCUCCAACCUCGCGCUACGCCAGCCCGGCGCCGAUCCCCCGGGCAGCCUCCUCGCUACCCUGCGCGGGCAGUUCGAGAUCCUGUCGCUCACGGGCACGGUGCUGCCGCCGCCCGCGCCCCCCGGGGCCAGCAACCUCAGCGUGUACGUCGCUGGCGGGCAGGGGCAGGUGAUGGGCGGGAGCGUGGCCGGCCAGCUCAUCGCCGCCGGGCCCGUAGUCCUCAUGGCCGCGUCGUUCGCCAACGCCGUCUACGAGCGGCUGCCUCUGGAGGAAGAGGAGGAGGAGGCGGCCACGGCAGCCGCAGCCGCUGCCGCUGUCACAGAAACCCAAGGCGCAGCAGUGGAGCCGGCCGAAGGACAGCAACAGGAGGCGUCGCAGUCUUCUGGAGUGACGGGUGGCGAUGUCGGCGGCAUUGGUCAUGGCAUGUCACUGUAUGAUCUUGGAGGGAACGCGGCUGGCUACGAGUUGCCCGGAGAGAACUUCGGCACCUGGAGCGGUGGUAUAAGGCCACCGUUUUGAUAUGGCAUACCGAUCUCUUUCUCUUGGCAGCUGCAUUUGUAUCACGGCAAGAAUCUCCAAGAGAUCGCGAUCCAUGACGGAGAAGCUCCUUAAUCCUGCAUUUUGGUUGAAGGCUACACUUUGACGAGGGCACCAGGCCAUGUGGUGAUUUGGUGAUAAUGCAUGUUGCCAUGGUGUUCGACUUCGACUUGGAAACAAUCCAGAUCGAUGUAUACCAUUACCAUCUAUGGCUAUGGAAAAGUGAGUACUACCGACGAUGCAUGUCUAUUUUUUGGGUGGUCUAUUGGUCCAACAAAAUCCAAGGAAGGUCAUUAGGUCCAGUGUUAACUGUUUAGAGACCAUCCUGUCGACUUCUUGUCCUCUUUUGCUUUGGAACGAUGUUUGUCAAGUUGUCAUGACAUUUGCCUUUCACUUCUAUUCUAUUAACUCCCUCCGUUAUAAAAUACUAGUCUCAUAAUAUUAGUCGUUUUAA